GUGUGUGUGUGUGUGUGUGUGUGUGUGUGUCAUGUUCCCUCAGGAUGGAGCAGGCAGCAACAAGCAGCCGCUCAUCAACACCAUGAACACACCACAGAAUGUCACCGCCCUCCGAGAAGGAUUCCUGGUAAAAAGGGGUCAUGUGGUGCCCAACUGGAAGGCCCGCUGGUUCGUGCUGACGGCGGACAAGCUGACGUACUUCAAGUACCGGAGUGGCAAGAGAGACUCGUGUCAGCGAGGGAAGAUCGCCUUGAGAGCUUGUGUUGUCACCUGUCCUUUCCUGGACUACGACACCAGACCUCUGGUGUUCAAGCUGCGGAGCAGGAACGGCGUGGACCACUUCCUGGAGGCGUGUUCGAGGGAGGAGCGUGACGAGUGGGCGGCGGACAUCACGGCGGCCGUGGACAAACUGGCCGCCGAAGAAGACGGAGGCUCGCCCAGCGGACAAUGGACACAGGAAGUGUCAGAACUGCACGACAUCAACCUGAGCAAAGUGUUGGACGCCAUGUACGACCUUCACCACGGGAUCAACAUGAGCAACCACAUGGAGCAGGGAUGUACCUACACCAACUGUUUCUCAGCAGGUUCUGCGGUGGUGGACUGGCUGGUGUUCAUGCAGAAGGUGGUGACUCGCACCGAGGGCGUGACCUUGGCCUCCGCCCUGAUGGAGGAGGGCUUCCUGAGGACCGUGGGCACCAGGAGCGUGGAGGCCCUGCGCACCGCCGGCCUCAGCGAGCAGUUCAUGGACGACUCCACGGCGCUCUACAGCUUCUCAGACCAGCUGAAGAAGAAAGGCUGCGUGAGGGCACAGACCUCGCUGUCUGCCGUGGAGCUGAGCGGCGAGGUCGUCAAGAGAGGUUAUCUGCUCAAACAGGGACACAGGAGGAAAAACUGGAAGAUCCGACUGUUUGUUCUGCGCUCAGAACCCUCCUUCCUUCACUACUACGACCCCACCAAGGGUGACCUCAGCCCCGUGGGAGGAUUCGCCCUCCGAGGCUCGCUGGUGUCCUCGCUGGAUGACAACGGCGUUCCCUCAGGGGUGAAAGGCAAGGUGGAAGGCAACCUGCUGAAGGUGAUCACCCAGUCAGACAAACAUUACUUCAUGCAAGCUCCCAGUCACCAAGACAAGAUGGACUGGAUCGACGCCAUCCGCCAUUUUACUUAGUAGUCACUUUGUCACCCUGCUAGCUGACACUUGCUAACUGUAGACCAUCACUACACACUUUGUUAGUUACAACAUGUUUAACAGUAAACCAUCACCACGCACUUUGUUUGCUACAACUUGCUAGCAUUAGAGCAGGGGUCACCAACACGGGGGCCGCGGGCACCAGGUCGCCCGUAAGGACCAGAUGAGUCGCCCGCUGGCCUGUUCUAAAAAUAGCUCAAAUAGCAGCACUUACCAGUGAGCUGCCUCUAUUUUUUAAAUUGUAUUUAUUUACUAGCAAGCUGGUCUCACUUUGCUGGACAUUUUUAAUUCUAAGAGAGACAAAACUCAAAUAGAAUUUGAAAAUUCAAGAAAAUAUUUUAAAGACUUGGUCUUCACUUGUUUAAAUUUUUUACUUUGCUUCUUAUAACUUUCAGAAAGACAAUUUUAGAGAAAAAAUACAACCUUAAAAAUGAUUUUGGGAUUUUUAAACACAUAUACCUUUUUAACUUUUAAAUCCCUUCCUCUUCUUUCCUGACAAUUUAAAUCAAUGUUCAAGUAAAUUUAUUUUUUUAUUGUAAAGAAUAAUAAAUACAUUUUAAUUUAAUUCUUCAUUUUAGCUUCUGUUUUGUCGACGAAGAAUAUUUGUGAAAUAUUUCUUCAAACUUAUUAUGAUUAAAAUUCAAAACAAUUAUUCUGGCAAAUGUAGAAAAUCUCUAGAAUCAAAUUUAAAUCUUAUUUCAAAGUCUUUUGAAUUUCUUUUAAAAAUUUUGUUCUGGAAAAUCUAGAAAAAAUAAUGAUUUGUCUUUGUUAGAAAUAUAGCUUGGUCCAAUUUGUUAUAUAUUCUAACAAAGUGCAGAUUGGAUUUUAACCUAUUUAAAACAUGUCAUCAAAAUUCUAAAAUUAAUAUUAAUCAGGAAAAAUUGCUAAUGAUGUUCCAUAAUUCUUUUUUUAAAAAUUUCAAAAAGAUUCGAAUUAGCUAGUUUUUCUCUUCUUUUUUUUUUGGUUGAAUUUUGAAUUUUAAAGAGUCGAAAUUGAAGAUAAACCAUUUUUCAAAAUUUUAUUUUCAUUUUUUUCGUGUUUUCUCCUCUUUUAAACCGUUCAAUUAAAUGUUUUUUCAUCAUUUAUUCUCUACACAAAAAACCUUCCGUAAAAGGAAAAAAAAUGUACGACGGAGCCAUUUUUUUUUAUAAAUACAGAUUUAUUUAUUAAAGGUAAAUUGAGCAAAUUGGCUAUUUCUGGCCAUUUAUUGAAGUGUGUAUCAAACUGGUAGCCCUUGGCAUUAAUCAGUUUUUUUUCUUCUUUUUUUUUUGGUUGAAUUUUGAAUUUUAAAGAGUCAAAAUUGAAGAUAAACUAUGUUUCAAAAUGUAAUUUUCCUUUUUUUCCUGUUUUCUCCUCUUUUAAACCGUUCAAUUAAGUGUUUUUUUCAUCAUUUAUUCUCUACAAAAAACCUUCCGUAAAAGGAAAAAAAAAUGUAUGACGGAAUGACAGACAGAAAUACCCAUUUAAAACAUGUCAUCAAAAUUCUAAAAUUAAUCUUAAUCAGGAAAAAUCACUAAUGUUCCAUAAAUUAUUUUUAAAUUUUUUUCAAAAAGAUUCGAAUUAGCUAGUUUUUCUCUUCUUUUUUUCGGUUGAAUUUCGAAUUUUAAAGAGACGAAAUUGAAGAUAAACUAUGUUAUAAAAUUUAAUUUUCAUUUUUUUCCUGUUUUCUCCUCUUUUAAACCGUUCAAUUAAGUUUUUUUUUUUUUCAUCUUUCAUUCUCUACAUAAAACCUAUUUAAAACAUGUCAUCAAAAAUUCUAAAAUUAAUCUUGAUCAGGAAAAAUCACUAAUGUUCCAUAAGUUAUUUUUAAAACAUUUUCAAAAAGAUUCGAAUUAGCUAGUUUUUCUCUUUUUUGGGGGGUUCAAUUUUGAAAUUUAAAGAGUCGAAAUUGAAGAUAAACUAUGUUUCAAAAUUAAAUGUUCAUUUUUUUCCUGUUUUCUCCUCUUUUAAACCGUUCAAUUAAGUGUUCAUCAUUUAUUCUCUACAUAAAACCUAUUUAAAACAUGUCAUUAAAAUUCUAAAAUUAAUCUUAAUCAAGAAAAAUUACUAAUGACGUUCCAUAAAUUCUUUUUUUUAUUUUUUCAAAAAGAUUCGAAUUAGCUAGUUUUUCUCUUCUUUUUUUCGGUUGAAUUUUGAAUUUUAAAGAGUCGAAAUUGAAGAUAAACUAUGUUAUAAAAUUUAAUUUUCAUUUUUUUCCUGUUUUCUCCUCUUUUAAACCGUUCAAUUAAGUGUUUUUUUUUCAUCUUUCAUUCUCUACAUAAAACCUAUUUAAAACAUGUCAUCAAAAUUCUAAAAUUAAUCUUAAUCAAGAAAAAUUACUAAUGACGUUCCAUAAAUUAUUUUUUUAAUUUUUUCAAAAAGAUUCGAAUUAGCUAGUUUUUCUCUUCUUUUUUUCGGUUGAAUUUUGAAUUUUAAAGAGUCGAAAUUGAAGAUAAACUAUGUUUCAAAAUGUAAUUUUCAUUUUUUUUCCUGUUUUCUCCUCUUUUAAACCGUUCAAUUAAGUGUUUUUUUUCAUCAUUUAUUCUCUACAUAAAACCUAUUUAAAACAUGUCAUCAAAAUUCUAAAAUUAAUCUUAAUCAGGAAAAAUCACUAAUGUUCCAUAAAUUAUUUUUAAAAAUUUUUCAAAAAGAUUCUAAUUAGUUAGUUUUUCUCUUCUUUUUUUCGGUUGAAUUUUGAAUUUUAAAGAGUCGAAAUUGAAGAUAAACUAUGUUUCAAAAUGUAAUUUUCAUUUUUUUUCCUGUUUUCUCCUCUUUUAAACCGUUCAAUUAAGUGUUUUUUUUUUCAUCAUUUAUUCUCUACAUAAAACCUAUUCAAAACAUGUCAUCAAAAUUCUAAAAUUAAUCUUAAUCAGGAAAAAUCACUAAUGUUCCAUAAGUUUUUUUGUUUUGUUUUGUUUUGUUUUUUUUUGUCAUCAGUUUCUGAUUUAUUAAAUUGUAUAACCGUGCAAAAUAUUGCUCAUUUGUAGUGGUCUUUCUUGAACUAUUUGGAAAAAAAUAUACAAAAAUACCUAAAAACUUGUUGAAAAAUAAACAAGUGAUUUCCAUAAGUUAUUUUUUUAAAAAUUUCAAAAAGAUUCGAAUUAGCUAGUUUUUCUCUUCUUUUUUUCGGUUGAAUUUCGAAUUUUAAAGAGUCGAAAUUGAAGAUAAACUAUGUUUCAAAAUUUAAUUUUCAUUUUUUUUUCCUGUUUUCUCCUUUUUUAAGGGUUUUUUUCAUCAUUUAUUCUCUACAAAAAACCUUCCGUAGAAGGAAAAAAAAUGUACGUCAGAAAAACCCAUAUUUUUAUAUAUAUAGAUUUAUUUAUGAAAGGUAAAUUGAGCGAAUUGGCUAUUUCUGGCAAUUUAUUGAAGUGUGUAUCAAACUGGUAGCCCUUGGCAUUAAUCAGUAGCCAAGAAGUAGCUCUUGCUUCCAAAAAGGUUGCUGACCCCUGGACUAGACCAAGGCUCCCUCCACUGAAAUGUGACAAUCUUCCCUUACAGCUUUAAUGACUCAUGCAGUCAGCAUUGCUAAUGUGAAAAAUAUGUAAAAUAAAUGACAAUUGUUGUA